UAAAAUGGGCCUGGGCUCUGAAAAGAGUCUUUGGGGUGUAGCUCCGUCCGUCAGUCUUCUCGUUGUUUAUUCUGCAGUAAAUAUGAUGAAGUUAGCCAAAUGUACACUGACAACUGCCAUCAUGGCAGUGAAGAGAAAGCCCCUCGCUCAGGUGUGCGACUUCCGUUACAGAUUCACACCGUCAACAUUCAGAUACGCCGCGACUACACGGACAAGUGAGGGCGACAUUCUGAGCCGGUUUAAAAUCGGCAAAAAGCUUGGUGUGGGAGGAUUCGGCAAGGUUUAUGAAGGGAAGCGCUUGGAGGAUGGACUUGAGGUGGCAGUGAAAUUUGUCAAAAAGUUCAGGAGCAUGCAAUUCGUCAAAGUUCCUGGUCAUCCUACAAUCCUCCCAUUAGAGGUCGGCAUGUUAACCGCUGUUAAUAGGGGCCCCAAAGUUAAAGAGAUUAUUGAACUGCUGGACUGGCAGGACCAGCAUGACAAAUAUAUCAUGGUCUUGGAGCGUCCCCCACACUGCGAAGAUGUGUUUCAUUUUUGGGUUGAUCACAAACGCAUCCUCAGGGAGGAAACGGCACGGACAAUCAUGGCGCAGGCAACAACGGCUGCUCAGACGUGCUGUGACCGAGGAGUUUUCCACGGCGACAUCAAGUUACAAAACCUGCUGAUCAACAAAAAAACACUUGAGGUCAAACUGAUUGACUUCGGGUGCGGGAGAUUCCUGAAAGAGUCCGGCUAUGACGACUUCUGUGGCACCAUAACGUACUGUCCACCUGAGUUCGACGCAUUCCACAGGUACCACGCUAAACCAGCUACUGUGUGGUCUCUGGGAAUGCUCUUAUUCCAGAUGGUGUGUGGAGGCUAUCCAGAACCCGAAGAACAUCUGAUGAUUAAUGAUGACAUCUGGUCUGAGCGUCACUUGUCAAAAGAUUGCUGCGACCUGAUUCGACGCCUCCUGCAGGAAAACCCAAGACGGCGGAUUGGUUUGGAGCAAAUCAUUUCCCAUAAUUGGUUUAAGUUGCUGUCAAAACCCAAAUUUAAUGGAGUGGAUAAGAUCAAAACAUGGACAUACAUGGCUGCUACGGUGACCCCUGGACCGGAUUACGCACAGGUACUCUGUUUCUCUGUCCAGGUCGUAUCCAGAUUGAGUCGACGCGGCUGAAAAGCAUCGACCAUUUGAGGAAAAUGAGAUGCCGAUGAGAAAGAGGACAAGGACGGGAAGUUUUGUGAAGCUGCCGUCUCUUCAUUAUCGCAGCUCAGACCAGACCAGACCACUGCACCGAUAAAUGAGAGAAGUGCUGAGGUGCCUGUGCUCUAGAGGAUCAUGGUCUUCAGGAACCUCUAUCCAGUGGUCUUGAAGUCGUUCCUCCUAUAGAGCCGCAGGUUCAAACCCCUUCAGCUCCAGUCCACCACAGUCCAGCACCAGAUCACAGAGUGGACGUAACAACUCAGGACGGCUUUUAACUUUUGGCUGCUACGGGACUGAAUGUGACCCCUGGACCGGAUUACGAACAGGUACUCUGUUAAACUCUUCUAAACUAAUUUUUUUGUAAAGAUUUCACUGGAUUGAUUGUGGUGUUAACACCCUUGAUCUGUGCUUGAGGUGUGUGCCUCAGAGUCUCAGGGUGUAGUCAAUACUGAAUUUCCAGGCUGUAUCCAGAUCUGGCCAUGACCUUAGCCUGGACACGAUGACGAUGACAAUGCAGUGCUAAAGUGCCAACUAGCCUCUGGAGGAUCCCUUUCCCACUCUACAGAUUAAGCGAUGUGAAUUCGUUUCGCGUCCCUACCCUGAAGUGAUUCGAAAAUCUGUAUCAAAUUUAUAGACAAGUAGUUUGUUCAGGCAUGAGGGAAUUUAAAAACCUGCGCGCAUAUAUUCAAACGCACAUAACUAUUGAAUCAAUUCUUAAUGCGCAUGUGAACGUCAUCUGCAGGGCUGUUACUACCAAUUUAUCGCAGGAUCGCGUUUAAAGUCUAUUUAAAAACAUUCAUAUACAUUUUUACGUGACAGUUACUGUAAAUUCGGCCUCUAGUUCAUAAGCGCCAGAGGAGAACUGGCCCCCGACUGAGCCUGGGUUCUCCCAAGGUUUUUUUUCCUCCAUCGGGUCACCUGAUGGAGUUUUUCAGUUCCUUGCCACUGUCGCCUUUGGCUUGCUCAGUUGGGGAUAUUCAAAUCAAUUAUACUACAGGGCUGUUGAACGCUUGAUUCUGAUUGGUUGAGAACAUUCAAUAGGUGUGCAAUUAUUUUGACGGCUAAAGUAGUUUCAGGCAAGUUUGAACCGCAUUACAGUUCCAUAUCACUGCGCGUAGUUAACGGAAAAUAGGAUACAAUUCAUAACAAGAGAAGACAUGCAGCCCCAUGCGCUUGAUCUGCAAUUUUCGAUGUCUAACUUCACAAUCAGUUGACGCAUACAGUUUAAUUUUAAUAAAUAAAGUUUAGUCCUAUCUAUAAUAGGCUAAAUAGAAAAUUAAACUGAUGAGGCUAUAUAAAUGAAUUAAUAGUCCUCAAUUAUAGAAAACAAUAAUGAACGAACUAAUUAAAACGAAGUUAAUAAAUAAAUAAUAAUAUUGA